UUACACUUCACUUGAAAAACACAGAAAUUAUUACACUGCUCAUUACGUACUGUAAUAUAAAAUCCCUCAGCCUUCGCGUUCGAUUUACUUCUCCCCCUCGCUCGCUCUCUUCGCCGGAUCUGGUGGAUUUCAGGAGUUGCUGGGAAGUUGGAAUCCUUUUUUUUCUCAAUUUUGGUCUUCAGUCACCGUGGGUGGAAUUUGAGAGGAACAGGAUGGUUGUACUUGCGGCUUCUAUUAUCAGCAAAUCUGGCAAAGCGCUUGUUUCAAGGCAGUUUGUUGAUAUGUCUCGGAUACGGAUUGAGGGAUACCUUGCAGCAUUCCCCAAGUUGGUUGGCACAGGGAAACAACACACUUAUGUCGAGACUGAAAAUGUCCGUUAUGUUUAUCAGCCAAUAGAGUCCCUCUACUUGCUUCUUGUUACAAAUAAACAAAGCAACAUUCUUGAAGAUUUGGAGACACUGAGGCUACUUUCAAGGCUUGUGCCUGAAUACUCUUAUUCACUAGAUGAAGAGGGCAUCGGCAAGACUGCUUUUGAGAUUCUUUUUGCAUUUGAUGAAGUUAUUUCACUUGGUCACAAAGAAAAUGUCACAGUUGCACAAGUCAAACAGUACUGUGAGAUGGAAAGUCACGAAGAGAGGUUGCACAAGUUGGUUUUACAGAGCAAGAUCAAUGAAACCAAGGAUCUAAUGAAGCGCAAGGCUAGUGAGAUUGACAAAAGCAAGAUUGAAAAGAAUAGGGGUGAAAGAGGAGGAUUUAUGUCUCUGCAGUCCAUGGGUUCUGGAAGAAUUGAUACUGGCUUUGGCAGUGACACCAGUAUAUCCAGUACUAAUGGUGGUUUUGGAAGCGGGUCCGGCUUUGGAUUAAGCACUGAAGUGGACUCUUUCUCUUCUAAGUCCAAAGGCCGUCCACCAGCAUCUGCAUCAGCUCCGCCUAAAGGUCUUGGUAUGAAGCUAGGAAAAACACAAAAGACCAACCAAUUUUUGGAAUCCCUCAAAGCUGAAGGUGAAGUGAUUGUUGAAGAUGUGAGACCAACUAUUGGGCAGUCCAAAGCAGCUGCUCUGCCACCAAGUGAUCCUGUUACUUUAACUGUUGAAGAAAAACUGAAUGUAACUUUAAAACAGGAUGGUGGUAUUGGAAACUUCGAUUUACAGGGCACCUUGUCACUCCAAAUACUUGACCAAGAUCAUGGAUUCAUCCAAGUUCAGAUUGAAACUGGUGGCAAUCCAGGAAUUAUAUUUAAAACGCACCCUAACAUCAACAAGGAAUUAUUUUCUGGAGAUAAUAUGUUGGGUCUGAAAGAUCCAAACCGGCCAUUUCCCACUGGUCAGACAGGUGAUGGUAUUCCUCUGUUAAAGUGGAGAAUGCAAACCGGAAAUGAGUCACUUGUGCCAUUAUCAAUUAACUGCUGGCCAUCUGUUUCUGGGAAUGAAACUUACGUGAACUUGGAAUAUGAAGCUUCACCAAUGUUUGAUCUGCAAAAUGUUGUGAUCUCAAUUCCUCUUCCAGCUCUUAGAGACGCACCAAGAGUACAACAGAUAGAUGGGGAAUGGAGAUACGAUUCCAGAAAGUCAAUCUUGGAGUGGUCCAUUGUACUUAUUGAUAACUCAAAUCGCAGUGGAUCUAUGGAGUUCAUUAUCCCUGCAGUAGAUACAUCCCAACUUUUUCCAAUUUCCGUGCAAUUUACUUCUACUAGCACUUUCAGUGAUCUGAAGGUUGUUAAUAUUUUGCCACUGAAAGGAGGCAAUCCGCCCAAGUUCUCUCAAAGAACUCUGUUAUCAACUGAAAAUUACCAGGUUGUCUGAUUAAUGUAACAGCAGUCCUACUAUAGUUUCGGAUUUGUAUUUUUUCUGGAGAAAAAAGAAAUCAUGGAAUUGAAAGAACUCUUUCUGCUUGGUGCCAAUGUGGUUUACCUCGUUUUGUUCUUUUAGAUAUUACAGGUGUGUGUGGUUAUGUUAUAGUGAAGCUGGAAACUGACGAUAGUUUUAUAGGUGAAAGAAUUGAAAGGACGUAUUUACAUAUAAUUGUAGUUCCAUAUUUCAUGGUUUACUUUCA